AUGUUUGUUCGUAGUUUUCUUGGCAAAUGCUGCUUCAGAAUGAAUGUACCAUCACAUAACUUCCAUUCAUCUUCACAAUGCUUUGAGAUCCAAAAACUAACCAGACUUCGAGUGGUGGACAAUAGUGAAAUUGGGAAACAAGCUAUGGCAGAAGGGAAACCACCUAGAUGUAUACACGUUUACAAUAAAACUGGUGUAGGAAGAAUAGGAGACAAAGUCUUGGUCGCUAUAAAAGGUGAGAAGAAGAAAGGAAUACUGGUGGGUCUCAAGCAAAAUCAAAAGACCAAAGUCCCCAAAUUUGAUAGUAACAACAUUGUUUUAAUAGAUGACAAUGGAUCACCUCUUGGCACAAGAAUUCAUGUGCCAAUACCUACCAUCUUGAGAACAAUUUUGAAAGAAAAGACUCAAGCCAAAGGAGCAGAUUACACAAAGUUGUUAGGAAUUGCUUCUAGAUUUGUAUAG